UUCUACAUUUCUUUGUCUCUCUCUCUUCAGUAAUGCCUCCGAAUCUUCGCCUCAUUUUCUUCUUCUUCAUUAAUCUCUCCGCCCUAAGCUUUUCUCCGGCCUCAGCCGUCGGAUUCAACUGGGGCACGGCGGCGUCCAACCCUCUUCCCCCGGUCAAGGUUGUGGACCUCUUGAACUCUAACAACAUCACCAAAAUCAAGCUUCUCGAUCCCAAUCCCCUCGUCCUUCAGGCCUUAUCUGGCUCCAAUGUUCAAGUCACCAUCGGCAUUCCCAAUCUCAUGCUCAAAAUCCUAAACUCUUCCAGAAAAGCUGCCGAAAGUUGGGUUCACGAUAAUGUCACUAGGUAUCUCUCCGGCGCCACAGGCGGUGUUCGAAUCGAAUACAUAGCAGUUGGAGAUGAACCAUUUCUUCAAACUUAUGGGGAUCAGUAUUAUCCGUAUGUCAUGGGAGCAGUCGCCAACAUCCAGGGAGCUAUAGCCAAAGUAAACUUGGAGAGUAGGAUAAAAGUUGUAGUCCCGUGCAGUUACGACGCGUUUCUGUCUGAAUCUGGCCUUCCUUCGAAGGGACACUUCCGACCUGAAUUGAACAAAACAAUGAUCCAGCUCCUAACAUUUCUUACCACGCACAGAUCACCUUUCUUUGCAACCAUUUCCCCAUACUUAAGUCUGCGUCAAAACAAGAAUAUUUCUCUCGACUUUACCCUCUUCAAGGAAACAGCACGCCCCCAUAACGAUAGCCGUAGAACUUACAAAAACACCUUUGAAUUAAGCUAUGAUACCUUAGUUGCAGCUUUAUCAAAGAUCGGGUUUUCGAUGGUUGAUAUAGUUGUGGCACAGAUUGGGUGGCCUACUGAUGGAGCAUGGAAUGCUAACUCAUCAACAGCUGAAACGUUUAUGAAAGGCUUGAUGGAUUUCAUCCACAGCAGAUCAGGAACCCCCCUACGACCUCGUCGUCCACCACUCGAGACUUAUAUCUUAAGCAUAUUAGACGAAGAUCAGAGAAAUAUAUCCACUGGGCCAUUUGAGAGACACUGGGGAGUGUUCACUUUUGAUGGUCAAGCUAAGUACCACCUAAACUUCGGUCAGGGCACAAAAAGCCUUGUGAACGCCCAAAAUGUUGAGUACCUCUCCCCCAAAUGGUGUGUUCUCAACAACAACAAAGAUUUAUCUAAUGCAAGUGCUAGUGCUUUGGAGGCAUGUUCGGUCGCUGACUGCACUGCGCUCGUUCCGGGCGCAUCUUGCUCUGAUAUUGUUUGGCCUGGUAAUAUUUCUUAUGCAUUCAAUAGCUACUAUCAGCAGAAUGAUCAAAGAGCAGACAGUUGUGACUUCGGAGGGUUGGCCCUGAUCACAACGGUCGAUCCAUCGAACAGUAACUGCAGAUUUCCUGUUCAAAUUCGAACUUCGAAUUCUCAUUCACUUGAUGCUUCCUCUCUUCUGAAGACAAUAUCAUUAUCAGCACUUUUUUGGCUAUAUCAACUGGUUUACCUCCAAUAGACCAAUGUGACUUUCCUGUACGCUGUAUCACAGCUUCGAGAUCUAAGAAACAAGUCGUUUUUCAGGAUCAACCGUUAUCUUCAAAUGAGGAGACGGCUCUCUACCUCCAGAUUUCGUGGUAUGCUUCCUUUCUCCAUUUUGGUUCCGAUUCGAGUCGGGAAAAGUAAGUAUAUUUUCCAUGUAUAUCUAGAACAUGAUGCUAACUUUGUCUAAUGCUUUUUGAGGUUAGAGAAUCUCGCAUGAACUGAAGAACCCUCUUGUUAUAAUUGUCUAACAAGAACAUAGAUUCCCAUUUACCUUAUCACAUGGCCUCAAUUUUCUC